AGAUAGUUUAUAGUUAUGCAGUCUAGCUUUGAGUUGGCAGACCUUGCUUCUCAGCAGCACUUCAUGGACACUAAUAACUCCUCCUCACCUGUUCUCCCAAUCUUUUUUAAUCCCCAGAAUCAAAACCACCCUAGUUUGCACCAACAACUUCAACCCCAACAGUUGAGUCAUCACCUUGUUCAUCCCAUUCCCAUCACCCAUGGGCUGUUUCAAGGAUUACACCCACCACCGGAGCAACAAGAACAAUCUGGAACAGGUCAUUGGCAUAUGAGUCCUAUAAAUUUCAAGCUGGGUCUGAAUCAGAACAGUGCCAGUGGGGAGGAUACUGCUCUGCUUGAUCAGAAUAGCCCUCUUUUUCUUCAGAGCCGCCCUGAAAAUUUAGGCUUCAAAAGUUGGCAAGGCCAGGGAUUUAGCACCAGAAAAGAACCCUUUUGGAAACCACAUGAAGCAGAAGGCAUAAAGCAGAAGCAAGCAACUGAAGGAGAGAUGUGCAAGGAGUUGGAGAGUAAGUAUAGGCUUUAUGGUGAGCUUGAAGCAAUUUAUAGCCUUGCAAAGAUUGGUGAGGUUCAUAAUAAGCAGACCGGUUCUGGGUCACCUCUGACUAAUGAAAACUCUCCCAGUAAUGUGGACCUUGUUCCUGUGCCUUUUGGUGGUUCCCAUUGCCGCAAUGUUGGCCCGGCUGCCGCAGCUGGAGUUGAUGGUUCAGAAGCCUCCAUUGAAGAAAAAGUGUCGUAUAGUAAGGUUGAGAAGAGGAAGGGGAAGAGGAGAAUGAAGGAGCAAUUGAGUUUAUCCACGACUAGAUUUUUUGAGGAGUUAGUGAAGCGUGUGAUGGAUCACCAAGAGGUUCUGCACAACAGGUACUUGGCAUUGAUUGAGAAAAUGGAUAGAGAGAGGAGGAAGAGAGAAGCGGCAUGGAGAAUUCAAGAGGCUGAGAAGCAUAAGAGAGAAGCCAUUGCCCAGCUUCAUGAAAAGGCUCUCGCUUCAAACAGAGAGUCACUCAUUGUUUCAUACAUUGAGAAAAUCACAGGCCAAAAGGUCAACAUUCCUUCUAGGGAAGCCUCAUCAUUGUUUCAAUGUGAUUAUUCAGAUAGAGCUAUGGAGGAUGAGUUGACUCCGGGUCAAAUUGAUCAGACUAAUAGCAGAUGGCCUCAGAGUGAAGUUGAGGCCUUGAUCCUAGUGAGAAGUAAUAUAGAAUCUAAGUUUCAGGAACCAGGGCUUAAAGGGCCUCUUUGGGAACAAGUUAGUGCCUCAAUGGCUUCAUUGGGGUACCAGAGGAGUGCAAAGAGGUGCAAAGAGAAGUGGGAGAACAUAAACAAGUACUUUAGGAAAACCAAAGAUGGCCCGAAAAAACGUCCUCAGCAGUCCAAAACUUGCUCUUAUUUUAAUCAGUUAGAUCAGCUGUACACUAGAACACCAAUCACCAAUCCAUGGUCAUCUUCAUACUGUUCUAGCAACCCUGCAGCUAGCAUCGAGGGGCAAAGUUACUCCGAGUUCUUACAAGCUGUUGUUACCGGGAGUGAUAUGGGAGUGUCACAAAAUCUGUCUAGUGGGAACUUUGAAUUAAUCUCUGAUAUGGGGUCUAAUAGGUUGAAUUUUGAUGGCAAGGCAGAGCAUUUGCGAGAAGACCAUGGGAAGGAGAAGGUAAACCAUGAGGAUGAUGGAAACAUGGAAGAAGAAGAAGAAGGCAUUCACGGUGAUUCGGAUGAGUAGUGUAGGGCACUAGAGGAUGACUACCAGAUAGAAUACAAAGGUGCGCCAGUUUUAUCACAGCCUGUAGUGUAGUUGUUUUUUGUACCUAGGAACUUUGAAGUGCUUUGAGAUGAUCCAAUGCCAGUAAUUUAUUUGCAUUAUUUG